AUGCUUCUCGAUUCCGUCGCGGAUGCUGUUUGCUGUGCCCUUGCUAUCUUGCACUUAGGCUUCGUUUGGAUUCCUUUGGACACGCGGAAUCAUGAGCAACGACUUCGUAAACUACACUGUGACGGUUUGAAGCUGGUUAACGUAUAUGGGCCAGCAGAGAUUACCCUGGCUUGUGCCAAAGGCAUUGUGCCAUUGACCGAUGCGGACGAUAGCUGCGUUGAUCAUCUUCUGCCUUCGCCAAAUUAUGAAAUCCAAAUUACUGACGCUGAUAUGAACAUCUUACCCGUCGGAUUUCUUGGUGAAAUAUGCAUCUCUGGGCAAGGAUCAUCCUCUGUGGUAAGAAAAUACCGCUCCGGUGACAAGGGAAGGAUUCUCCCAGACGGCACGCUCGAAAUCUUGGGAAGACUAGACGGGGAUAAUCAAGUGAAGAUUCACGGCUUCCGCGUCGAGUUCGACGAAAUCGCCAAUGCCAUUGUGAAGAUAUCGAAUGGUGCAAUCGUCAAUCCUGCUGCUUCUUUGAGAAACACUCCAUCAUCAGACAUUAUCGUCGAUCGGAUACCAGCCUUCCCAAAUGGCACGGCUGACAUGGAUGCGGUCAAUAUAUUGCCUAUCAACGAAUCCGAUGUUUUAAAUGAUGCUCUCCUUGAGGUCCAGUUAGGCGUGAAGGUGUCUAUGCCCGAUCUAUUCCAUGCUAGUACUCUCCGUAGCAUGGCUAGACUAGUUGCAAAUGCCUCGGAUAUCAACAAUAGUACCACUCUCUCGCCGUCGAAACCGGCAGUGUUCGUUGAACAUAAAGAUAUUCAGUCUACGAUUAAUUGGGAUGUCGAAAUCGCAAGCAUGGUUGAUGGGCUUCCACAACCCAGUCCUACUCUUCCGCUUUCCAACAAAACGUUACUCAAUGGGUUCAGUGGCCUCAUAGUUCACUGCCUGGCAAUACGACCUGACGAGUAUGGAAAGCCUCGCCAUGUCUCGGUAAAAAACGAUAAAAUCAUUGAGUAUGUUGGAGAUUUGUCAACCCUACAUCUCAGCCUCUCAGACUCUCAAUUUAUGUUUCUAUCCGAACACGCUGAUGUUAUCCUUCACAACGGCGCCGACGUAUCACUACUAAAGACAUACCGGUCCCUACGCCGUGCCAACGUCGUUUCGACACGUACGCUAUGCGAGAUGGCCAUCCCCCGCCGAUUGCCCUUAUACUACGUAUCGACAGCAUCUGUAGCAAAGGUGGUUCACCUUGAAGCAGGUCAACCGCUUCUUGAAGUUCCUGCGUUGCCUGCUGUUCCAGACCUUCUGAACUCUGUCGAUGGCUACGCAUCGUCGAAAUGGCAUAACGAACUGCCUACCUAUGUCCACCGGCGAGCGCACGUCGUUGGUAAAAACUCAUCAGAACUAGAUGCCGUAGGCAUGCUUAUGAAGUACUCACUGUCUCCUGGCCAAACGCCGCACAUAAACUCAGAAAAUAUUACGGGUCAGUGGGAUUUUAUCACGGUUCAGGACAUGGCAAGGGAUUUGGUGCACUCGACUAUCGAAUCUGCGAGUUCUCUAACUCUGCAGCAGAAAACACAACGCAUCAAGUUCCCUAUUUUCCUCAACCACUGCAGUGAUAUAAAUCUUUGCCACAAUAAUUUGCGAGAUUACCUCGAGAGCGUAGCUGGAAGACCCCCGCAAGAGAUCGAUAUGAAGGAGUGGCUGGCGGCCGCAUCCCCGGCUCCUUGCCGACAGCCAUGGAUGACUCUACGAAAUAUUGAGGAUGAUGAAGGAUAUUAA